CGGUUUGCCGUGUCAGACUAGAGUACGUGGCCGUCGCCAUCUUAGGGGAGGAGAGCCGGUGUGUGCACGAAAGUCAGCCUGAAGUCAGCUUCUUCUCUCUCUCUCCGACGUCGUUAUCACCAUGGUCCUGUUGGCGGCUGCAGUUUGCACCAAGUCCGGGAAAGCCAUAAUUUCCCGGCAGUUUGUGGAGAUGACACGAUCCCGUAUCGAGGGUUUGCUGGCUGCAUUUCCCAAGCUGAUGAACACGGGCAAGCAGCACACGUUCGUGGAGACGGAGAGUGUGCGCUACGUUUACCAGCCGUUAGAGAAGCUGUACAUGCUUCUCAUCACCACUAAGAACAGCAACAUCCUGGAGGAUCUGGAGACCCUGAGGCUCUUCUCAAGAGUGAUUCCUGAGUACUGUAAAGUGAUGGAGGAGUCAGAAAUAGUGGACCAGUCCUUCCCUCUCAUCUUUGCCUUUGAUGAGAUCGUUGCCCUCGGUUACAGAGAGAAUGUGAACCUGGCCCAGAUUAGAACCUUCACAGAGAUGGACUCCCAUGAGGAGAAGGUGUUCAAGGCUGUCAGAGAGUCUCAAGAGCGUGAAGCCAUCCAGGAGAUGAAAAAGAAAGCCAAGGAGCUGCAAGCUGCCCGACGGGAAGCAGAGAGGACUGGGAAGAAGACUCCCGGGUUUGGUGGGGGAUUUGGAGGUGGUUCUCGCUCAUCUGGAGAAUCAGUUCCUGUCAUGGCUGAUGAUUACAAGCCUGAGCCAGCAAAACCUACAUACACAGCACCCAAACCCAGCCCAUCAGGCAGAGCCAUGAAGCUGGGUAGUAAGGGUAAGGAUGUGGACCACUUUGUGGACAAGCUUGUAUCAGAGGGCCAGGAGGUGGCCAGCACCAAGUCAUCCAGGCAGUCAGCUCAGGCCGCUAAAAUAGCCACUCCUGCUAUUCACACAGAAAGUGUCCAUCUGCGUAUUGAAGAGAAGGUGACUCUGACAGCUAGACGAGAUGGUGGCCUGGACAACAUGGAGAUCCACGGGAUGAUCUCACUCCGCAUAUCUGAUGAACAGUAUGGCAAGAUCAUCCUCGCUGUAGAAAACCAGGAAGCUCGUGGAGCACAGAUACAGACACAUCCCAAUGUGGACAAGAAGCUGUUCCAGUCAAAGUCAGAGAUCGGCCUGAAGAAUCCCAACAAACCAUUCCCCAUCAACAAUGACAUCGGGGUGAUGAGAUGGAGGCUGCAGUCCAAUGAUGAGUCCCUCAUGCCAUUGUCAAUAAACUGCUGGCCCACUGAGAGUGCGGAUGGAUGUGAUGUUAAUGUGGAGUAUGAGUUGGAACAGGAGCAGCUGGAACUGAAUGAUGUCGUUAUCUCCAUUCCUUUGCCGUCUGGAGUUGGAGCACCAGUUGUAGGUGACCUGGAUGGAGAGUACCAUGUGGACAGCAGGAGAGGCAUGCUGGAGUGGAGGCUACCUGUCAUCGACGCCUCCAACAAGUCAGGCAGCCUGGAGUUCAGCUGUCACGGCCACUCCGAUGACUUCUUCCCAGUCUCCGUCUCAUUCGUAUCCACCAAGUCUUACUGUGAUGUCACGGUGAGUGGAAUAAGAAUGGUGGAUGGUGGCCAGCCAGUCAAGUACUCAUCAGAUACAGCAUUGCUGGUGGAGAAGUACGAGAUACUUUAACAUGGUAGAACAGAUGGAUGGGACACAACAGGGGGGAAAGGCCAUCCAAUAGUCGUCAAUUAGAAUGAAAAUGUACUUUCGGACUGAUUGUAAAUGUUUCAAAGUUGUAAGGGAAACAGAAACAGGACAGGAUGACUGGGGGGGGGGGGAUAGGGUACGAAAUAAACCUGUCACAUCAAGAACAUGGUAUGGUAAAUAGACAAUUAUGUAGUCAACAUGAAGAACUUUUUCAGUUGUUUCUAUAUGCUGUAGUCAGCAUUUCCUCUCCAGCAGCAUGCUAGUAGUAUAUUUUAUUUCUAACUGUAGGUCUGUCACAUCAGUAUGAAAAGGCCUGUUUUACAUUGUGCAAAGGAAUACAAUGUGUUUACAAUGCAUUCCAUCAGACUAAUGCAGAAUGAAAUGACUUUACACGGUACGUACUGCAAGAUAUAUUUGCCUCAGAGUCAGAAUCAGAUAUGGGCAUCACUGCAACAUGAUGAUUGUAACAUAGUAUAAAGGUCAUCUUUGCAUCACUGGUACUACCAACACAACCUUAACUUGUGCUACAUUAGCAUGCAAGAAAUGACCAUAGUAAAUGUAGUUUAAGUUCUUGAUCUUCAAUAGUGUCCGAAUACCAUGUUCUUAAUUUAUUUCAACUGCACCUGAUUUUGUGACACUUUUCUUGUCUCACUGUCAGCAGAACUACCGACAGUGGUACUUGCCACAAAAGCAGAAGUUACCUACAGUAUGAUAAAAUGGGUCAGAACUAGAAGAUUAGAGAAUUUGAAAUAAAACAAAUAUUAGACAUAUGAAUAAAAUCAAGAUUCCCUGAUGUGGAUAUAGUGUACUGUUAAAGCAUUUUGGAUGUUACAUUCUGACAGUUACGGCUCGCACUCUGACGAAUAAUGUUUAAAAGUGGCAAUAAGAUGUAUUAUUACAUGGGGUUAGGAAGACCAGUUUUUCACUUUCAAAACUUGAGAUGCAAAAAUUUUUUUCAUCAUUUGGAGAGAUAAGUAUUGGAUAAGCUAGGCUCAAUGACUUGGACUAUAGAAUGAUUUUAGAUGCACUUUUGUUAGAAGGGACAAUACACCAUACCUGUAGCCCAUGAUAAUAUACAUUUGUAACUGUCAGAGCAUUAUGCACAUCCUGGUAUGUCAAGAUGAUGUGUGAAGACCCUAAAUCUAAUAUUUCUGUAUCUACCUUGUAUAUUGCUAUAGCUAUGAUAGUAUUAAGUAUGAAAUAAAAGUGUAUUUGGAACCAUGAUUUUUCACCAUUCA